AAGACAACAUGUGGGUUGGUCAACUAGGGACGCAACGCAACUACGCAAGCAAUGACGACACGCAAGCAAUGGUAAACGCAGGUUUUACUUGGCUGCGGCUGGAAGGUAUCCAAUUCCUGGUUCCCUUUCUUCCCAGCCACGGUCAAAUCUCCUCACUGGUGGACUGCCCAGCGGGAGCCCAGCAUAGCGAGCAGAGAAGCACACAUCGAUCCAAAAAUUGCCACUGCUGCCGUGCUGCGUCGACUGAUUUGAUCCCUCAGAAGCGUUCGCCGGAUCAGAGAUUCAGAGGAGCCGCCGCGGCGGCGAUGGCGGCGGCUAAUAAGGCGGUGAAGGUGUACGGGUGGGCGGUGUCGCCGUACGUGGCGCGGGCGCUGCUGGCCCUGGAGGAGGCCGGCGUGGAGUACGAGCUCGUCCCCAUGAGCCGCGACGCCGGCGACCAAAAAAUAGGGGGGCAUGUGCCAGAAACCCGGUUUGGGCAGGUGCCGGUUCUUGAGGACGGCGACCUCACGCUCUUCGAAUCCCGCGCGAUUGCAAGGCACGUUCUCCGCAAGCACAAGCCGGAGCUCCUGGGGGGCGGCAGCCUCGAGCAGUCCGCCAUGGUGGACGUGUGGCUGGAGGUGGAGGCGCACCAGCACCACCCGGCGGCGGGCGCCAUCGUGAUGCAGUGCCUCAUCACGCCCCUGAUCGGCGGCGAGCGGGACCAGGCGGUCGUCGACGAGAACGCCGGCAAGCUCCGGGCGGUGUUCGAGAUCUACGAGGCGCGGCUGAGCCGGAGCAGGUACCUCGCCGGCGACUUCGUCAGCGCCGCCGACCUCAGCCACUUCCCGCUCAUGCGCUACUUCAUGGCCACUGAGUACGCCGCGAUGGUGGAGGCGCUGCCGCACGUCAGGGCGUGGUGGGAGGACCUCGCCGCCCGGCCGGCGGCCAGGAAGGUGGCGGAGCUCAUGCCGCUGGAUUUUGGGCUGUCCAAGAAAGAUGAGCAGUGAUGAACAGUGUCACGCGUUGCUUGUGCUAAUGCUUUCAGUGUGAUAAUAAUAAUCUUAGAGUUUCGAGUGAUUUUUCUUUUCAACUUUUCACAAGAAUAAAAGAAGUUUGAUGUAAGGUUUCACUAAACGGCUUAACGCUAAACAGUCCCUUGUUGUAAGAAGUUAUGGAGUUUCAAGUAGUUUUUGUUUGAAAUUUCCAUAAACAUCAGAAGUAUGGGAGUUGAUGCAAGAUGUUCAGUAAACGUUUAAUGAUAAACAGUCAACUGGUGUAAGUUAGAGAAUUUUGAUUUUAAAUAGUUCC